CGGCGCGACCCAACAGUUUCGAAUCAAACGUCAGCGCGACGACUCUGGAACUCGGACAUCGUUCCAUAUUUGAAAUUUGACGUCUCGUCUCCCGCGCGCGUUCCAACUUCAAAAUCCGAUCGAUAACUUUUUAAAGUUUUCUUUUCUGUGAUUAAGUUAAUGUAAACUUUUUACGGUGUGCCAGUGAACUUUGGUGCGAAAGUAAAAGGAGGUGAAACGUCUUUUUUACUGAACCACGUGACCAUGUCAAGAUAACCUCAACCCCGCAUUUGCGAGCGCAAACACCCAAGAUGGAGGAGCGCCGGCCCGCAGCCGUGUUGGUGGAACGAGCGUACAAAUACUAUGGACGCCUCAACAAGCCCGACUACAAGUCUGUCCUGUGCCAUCUCGACAUGACUGUGGACAGAGGAAGCAUUUACGGCCUCCUCGGCGCGUCAGGGUGCGGUAAGACGACCCUGCUGUCCUGCAUCGUGGGGCGCCGGAAACUGGACAGCGGAGACAUCUGGGUCCUCGGCGGGAGACCAGGGGAGAAGGGCAGUGGCGUCCCUGGACCCAAUAUUGGGUAUAUGCCUCAGGAAAUAGCGCUUGUAGGCGAGUUCACAGUCCGCGACGCCAUCUUCUACUUCGGUCGCAUCUACGGCAUGAAGGCCGCCAAGAUGCAGGAGCGGUUCGACUUCCUCACCUCCCUGCUGGAGCUCAGCGAUGGCGGGAAGCUGGUCAAGCACCUGAGUGGGGGGCAGCAGAGGCGGGUGUCGCUGGCGGCGGCGCUGGUGCACGAGCCCGAGCUGCUGAUCCUGGACGAGCCCUGCGUCGGGCUGGACCCCGUGCUGCGGGAACGGAUCUGGGAGUUCCUAGCCGGCCUGGCGAGGGGUGGCACUACCGUCAUCAUCACCACACACUACAUAGACGAAACGAAACAAGCACACAAGAUCGGCCUCCUCCGCGACGGGCAGCUCUUAGCCGAGCAGUCUCCGGAACAGCUGCUGCGGCAGUUCAGUUGUGAUACGCUGGAAGACGCCUUUCUGAAGCUGGCGUUGAGGCAACACGAGUAUGCGCCUAAGAGGAAUACGUUGAAGGGUUCCCCUGACGUGAUCCCGGAGACCAGCGUGUCCCGGCAGGAGUCCAGAUUCCCCUCGCGAGAGGACUUCAGUGGAGUCACCAGCAGUACUGACGUACUGACAAAACAAGAAAAACCAAAGAAAAUUAAAGGAAAGACGAGAGCGCGGUACAAGGCUGUAUUUAUUAAAAAUAUACAACAGUUUGGCAGAAAUCCUGCGGGUCUCCUAUUCGCGGUGCUGUUCCCCAUCGUGCAGGCGGUGGCGUUCUUCCUGGCGGUGGGGCACGACCCGCGCGACCUGCACGUCGCCGUCGUCAACCAUGAGGCCGGCUUCUCGCCCUGGGGCCUAGCAGCAUGUAAAAAUAGUAGUUUACAACAAAUAACGAAGACAGAAAACGACAAUUGUGAGCUUAGUAUGUUAAGUUGCUGGUUUGUGGAGGAAAUGGAGAAACACGAUAUUUAUCAAAUAGCGUACGACUCGCCGGAAGCGGCCCGUGCGUCCGUGCACGCGGGCCGGCUGUACGGCGCGCUGGUGCUGCCGCACAACUUCAGCUCGGCGCUGGCGGUGCGGGUGCGGGAGGGAGAUGUUGAUGACGAUACGGUCCGCGACAGCACGAUUAGUGUUUGGAUCGAUCAGACUAAUCACCAAAUAUCCCACUUCAUGAAGCGGAAGCUGCACAAGACGUGGGAGACCUUCACGGCGCGGGCCAUGCGCGCCUGCGGGCGCCCCGAGAACAUGGUCCGAAUCCCAGUGAACUUCGCUGACCCCGUGUAUGGCAGUAUGGACGCACAGUUUGUGGACUUCAUGGCUCCUGGCAUCAUGAUCACCAUAAUCUUCUUCAUGUCUGCCCUGGUGACGUCCACGAUCAUGAUCUCGGACCGCUCGGAGGGCGUCUGGGAGCGCAGCGCGGUCGCCGGCGUGCGCCCGCAGGAGAUGCUUAACGUGCAUAUCGUGUUGCAGGCCAGCGUUAUAUUUAUACAGACGUUGGAGCUGAUAAUCCUGGGCUUCUUCGGCUACGACCUGCCGGCGAAGGGGUCUCUCUUCAACGCGGGAACCCUGCUCUUCCUGCAGGGCAUCAGUGGCAUGUGCUACGGGUUCCUGCUGUCUAUCUGCUGUACGAGUUUUACGCUUGCGUUCUUCAUUGUGACUGGCAGCUUCUAUCCGAUGAUCUUGCUUUGUGGUAUCCUCUGGCCCGUGGAAGGCAUGUACCAAGGCGUCAGGGCACUCGCCCUCACCCUCCCCUUCACAAUCCCCAUCAAGUCGCUCCGAGACAUCAUGGAGAAGGGAGCCACCAUGGCGGACCCGAUCGUCUACCAGGGCUACCUGGUCACCCUGGCCUGGAUAUCCUUCACACUGGCCAUUUGUUACUUGAGACUGCGGUAUCAGAAACUCUAGCUAGAGGGACGGAUGGUUGCUUGAUGGACG